AUGCUUAUAGAUUAUAUCAACUACACACCAUAUUUUUCCAACCCAUUGUCAUUGACCACCAAUGGUUCCUUCAACAGUAACACCACGGGAGAUUCACAAGGUAUUCCUGAAUCUGCUUCUCUGUUGUGGACAUUUUUAAUUCCAGCAGCCAUCUUCAGCAUUGUCACAUUACUGGCCAACCCAAUGAUACUUGUUAGCAUUUUAUUGAAGGACACACUACGGAAUGAGACCAGGUACAUUCUUCUGGCCAAUGUGAUGGUUUCAGACCUGAUCUUUAUUUUGUUUAACUCAAUCAUCUCGAUGAGUAAUGCAAUCCGAUGGUAUAUGCACAGGGUUCUCUGUUUCUCACUGAUUUCCUUCACAGUCGCAGCCUACUCCAGUUGUGUUUUGACUUUUACCAUCAUGGUGGUUGAUACCUAUGUAGCUAUCUGCUUCCCCCUCCAUUACUAUUCUAUUCUUUCAAUGAAACGGACAAGAAAGAUAUUAUUGGCCAUUUGGAUUUUUUCGGCACUGUUCCCCCUGAUAGUAUCAUUAGCGUCUGAAACAUUUGAUUACAACCUUCUUGAAAAACAAAAUGUCUGCCUUAUGCUCUACUAUGGCUCUGACGAGAGGAAUAAUAUUUUAGUGACUGUGGUCUGUGCUCUUACAAUUUGCUUCUUGAUGUUUUGCUCUGUUAUGAUCACCUAUUUUUACAUAAAGCUAUACGCAAUAACACGGAAGUCAGGAAUAUGGGUAAGCCGCUUCUCCAGAGCUCGAAUCACUCUACUGACGCACUUCAUCCUGCUAGGUUUGUAUAUUGUCCCUGCUUUUAUCCUGACAGCUGAAGUCAUGUUGUUCAAAAACAGUGUAAUUGGUAUAGAUACAAGAAUAUGGAUGUCAGCUUGUAAUAAUGGACUGGUGAUGAUGAUGCCACGAGCCUUGUCACCUCUGCUAUAUGGACUUCGUUACAGAGAGAUAUAUGCUACUUUAAAACACUGGUUUUCUCGAAACAGAGUGAGCUCAGAUUCAUAUAGAUGA